AUGACUAUCGACGCGGAAAAAGUCCCGCCCGUGGGCGACGUCCCCGUCGUCGAGGGGAGAAGGCACUCUCUUCGAGCCGGCAGCAUCGACGACAUCACGGUGCUGGACAAGCUGGGCUACAAGCCGGAACUGAAUCGCAACCGGUCCAUGGCGACGCUGUUGUUUCAAUCCCUGGCCAUCGCCGCCAUCCCGUACGGCGAGGGUGGUCCGCUGAUUUCCGCAAUCUAUGGCGGAGGCCCCCUCGCGAUAUUCGUCGGCUGGAUCGUUGUUCUCGUCCUGGAUGAAUGCGUUGCUCUGUCCCUGAGUGAGCUGGCCUCGAGAUAUCCUACAUCAGCUGGGCCAUACUAUUGGUCUUUCCAAUUGGCCAGCAAGGGCAAGACCACUUUGUCGUUCAUAACCGGGUGGACGUGGCUUAUAGGAAAUUGGACAAUCACCCUCUCGGUGAAUUUCGGAUUCGCCUCACUCAUUGUUGCGACUGUCGCAAUGUAUCAUCCGGACUGGGUUGCAAAGGACUGGCAAUUGCUCUUGAUCUUCUACGCCAUCUGCUCGAUGACUCUGGUCAUCUGCACCUUUGCGAACCGGUUCCUGCCCAUGGUCGAUACGAUUUGCGCAGGCUGGACAGCCCUGAGCAUCAUCAUCAUCCUCAUCUCACUGUCGGUCAAGGCGGACGUCGGGAGACAUAGCGCGGGCUAUGCGCUCGGCCACUACGACAAGUCGUUUUCGGGUUGGGGAGGUUUCACCUUCUUUAUCGGUCUGCUACCAGCGGCAUACACGUUCUCGGCCAUCGGAAUGAUCUCAGCAAUGGCGGAAGAGUGCUCAAAUCCCACCGUCAAAGUUCCGACAGCCAUCAGUCUCUGUGUGCCCGUGGGGGGCUUUGCCGGCUUGUUCUUCAUCUUGCCGAUUUGCUUCACCCUGCCUCCCUUGGAAGACGUCGUUUCAGCGCCAUACGGCCAGGCGCUUCCCUAUAUCUUCCACACGGUUAUGGGGACACCUGGAGGUGGGCUGGGCCUCAUCUUCCUCGUCUUGAUGAUUACGUUGUUCUGCAGCAUCAGCAUUACCGUCGCCGCGUCGCGAUGUACCUGGGCAUUUGCUCGGGAUGAUGCCAUUCCACUGUCUCGUGUUUGGUCCAAAGUCAACCCCACCCUCGGAGUACCCGUGUAUGCGUUGCUGCUCACGACCGUGGUGCAGAUGCUGCUCGGCCUGAUCUAUCUUGGGUCAUCAUCGGCCUUCCUCGCCUUCGUGUCAGUCGGUGUGAUUGGAUUGGCAGUGUCCUAUGCGAUCCCCAUUGCGAUCAGCGUUCUGCAUCGACGGAGGGAAGUCUCGACGGCGCGUUGGAACUGUGGUCACAUCGUCGGCCCCAUUGCCAACGGCAUUGCUCUGUGCUGGAUCGGGUUCGAGGUGGUGUUGUUCAGCAUGCCCACAGCCUUGCCAGUCAAUGUGGUGGACAUGAACUACGCCAGCGUCGUCUUUGUUGGCUUCAUGUUCAUCUCUGCGGUAUGGUAUUUCAUCUACGCCCGAAAGGCGUACAAAGGGCCCCCAGCGUCUGAUGGCAUCACUGUUGAAUGA